GCGUGGAUCAGAACCUUAACCAAACUGCACCUUUCACCCUCCUUCUCUCUCCCGUUCACCCCGCGUGCACGCUCUCUUCCUCGUGGCGACGACCGGGCGACCGCCGCCGCCGCCGCCGCCGCCGCCCCCAGGUCUUGAUCGGGCCACUCGCCGGCGACGAGUAGCCACCAGGAAAUGUUGUGAGGACUGAUGCUAUAACUAAGCUCCCUGGAUGGACGGAUGUGAUUGCAUCGAGCCACUAUGGCCUACUGAUGAUCUUCUCGUCAAGUAUCAGUACAUCUCAGACUUCUUCAUAGCUCUCGCGUACUUCUCAAUCCCAUUGGAGCUCAUCUAUUUUGUGAAGAAGUCGUCCUUCUUCCCGUACAGAUGGGUCUUGAUCCAGUUUGGUGCGUUUAUAGUUCUCUGUGGGGCGACCCAUCUGAUAAACCUGUGGACUUUCACCACACAUACAAAGACCGUUGCGAUGGUCAUGACCAUAGCAAAGGUUUCUACAGCAGUUGUGUCCUGUGCAACUGCUUUGAUGCUUGUUCAUAUCAUCCCCGACUUGUUGAGUGUGAAAACUAGGGAGUUGUUCCUCAAGAAUAAAGCUGAACAGCUUGAUAGAGAGAUGGGACUGAUAAGGACGCAGGAGGAGACCGGUAGGCAUGUUAGGAUGCUUACACAUGAAAUCAGAAGUACUCUUGAUAGGCAUACAAUUUUGAAGACUACUCUUGUUGAGCUAGGAAGGACCUUGGGUCUGGAAGAAUGUGCAUUGUGGAUGCCAUCUCGAAGUGGUUCAAGCCUUCAGCUUUCUCAUACUCUGCGCCACCAGAUUACUGUCGGAUCAUCAGUGCCAAUUAAUCUUCCUGUCGUCAAUCAAGUGUUCAGUAGCAACCGAGCAAUUAUAAUACCCCACACAUCUCCUUUGGCGCGGAUUCGACCUCUUGCAGGGCGAUAUGUUCCGCCAGAAGUGGCUGCAGUCCGUGUACCUCUUCUACACCUUUCAAACUUCCAAAUAAAUGAUUGGCCUGAGCUUUCAGCGAAAAGCUUUGCAAUCAUGGUUUUGAUGCUUCCAUCUGAUAGUGCAAGAAAAUGGCAUGUGCAUGAAUUGGAGCUGGUUGAGGUCGUUGCUGAUCAGGUAGCAGUUGCACUAUCUCAUGCAGCGAUUCUUGAAGAGUCCAUGAGAGCACGUGAUUUACUAAUGGAGCAGAAUGUUGCCUUGGAUUUAGCUCGAAGAGAGGCCGAGAUGGCUAUCCGUGCUCGCAAUGAUUUCCUAGCUGUUAUGAAUCACGAAAUGAGAACACCCAUGAAUGCAAUAAUAGCCCUUUCCUCCUUGCUUUUGGAAACUGAGCUUACUCCUGAGCAGCGUCUAAUGGUGGAAACAGUACUGAAAAGCAGCAAUCUGUUAGCAACACUCAUCAAUGAUGUGCUGGAUCUUUCCAAACUUGAGGAUGGAAGCCUUGAAUUGGAGAUUAAAGCAUUCAAUCUUCAUGCUGUUUUCAAAGAAGUGAUGAGUUUCAUUAAACCAAUUGCAUCUAUCAAGAGGCUAUCUGUAUCGGUUAUGUUGGCACCAGAUUUGCCGUUAUGUGCUAUUGGUGAUGAAAAGAGACUCAUGCAAACUAUUCUGAACAUAUCUGGCAACGCUGUAAAGUUUACCAAGGAGGGACACAUCACGCUUGUAGCUUCCAUUGUGAAGGCUGACUCUCUGAGAGAGUUCAGAACCCCAGAAUUUCAUCCAACUGCAAGUGAUGACCAUUUCUAUUUGAAAGUUCAGGUAAAAGAUACAGGCUGUGGAAUUAGUCCUCAGGAUCUACCUCAUGUAUUUACAAAGUUUGCUCAUCCUCAAAGUGGAGGAAACCGAGGGUUCAAUGGUAGUGGUCUUGGCCUUGCCAUCUGCAAAAGGUUUGUUAGUCUCAUGGGAGGGCACAUCUGGAUCGACAGCGAAGGAACUGGAAGAGGUUGCACCGCAACAUUCGUCAUCAAGCUCGGCGUGUGUGACAACACAAACACCUACCAGCAGCAGUUGAUCCCUCUAGUCUGGCCAAGCAGUGCAGACUCUGAUUUGUCUGCUCCUAAAGUGCUUCCCGACGGGAGAGGGUCUGCUACUUCCCUGAAAUCUCGGUACCAAAGAAGCGUAUGAGCUUAGUGUAAAUGAUGAUUGACGGCAUAGUGCCAAUUAGGGGACCGAUUAGUGCCAUCGUCUAAUUUUGUUUGUAACCCUGUCAUAGCAGGCAUAUAAUGUACAAAUAAUGUAAAGCAAAUGGAGACUGCGGCUGUGUAUCUGGGUGGCAACGCUGACUUGCUGCAUUGAGUAGUAUAUCCUACCAGCGGAUUGAAUUGCUUGUUCUGGGGUGUGCCGCGCGCGCCCGUGUGCGACCCCCGUAGCUCUGUGCUUGUUCUGUUGUAACUUGUAAUCACAUAUUCAUCGUGUAAUAUGAAAUUCAAUGCAAAUACACGGUAACAAGCUGCUUUCGGCGCCCUUGCUCCGUCA